AUUUAUAAAUUUCUCUCAUACAAUAGCAUCACAUCUAACGAUGCUUCCCUACUUUGUUUUGUACGAAACUAAUAUUUUUGUCCGAAUGUAAAGUGAAAAUUAUAGUUGUUAGUAAAAUUUUUUUUUUACAUCUAUUUAGUUAAAUAAUAUAGUUUUAUUGUGGAAUUGACUACAAAAUGUUGAAUCAAGCAGUUGUAGAAGCUCUUUAUUCAGCAGGUUACGUUGAUAAUUAUCUUGAUUGCGUUGAAAACUUUCCAAAUGAUGUUCAAAGACAUGUUUCACGUCUACGAGAAUUGGAUUCCACAUGUCAAACGUACUUGCGAGAAGUUGAUCAACAACAAGAAAUGUUAACUAAAAAUGAUACGGAUGUAGUAAGUAGACGGCGAGCUCUUGCACGAGUCCAGCAAGCCCUUAUUGCAGCUCAAGAAAUUGGUGAUGAAAAACUCCAAAUUGUUCAACAAAUUCAAGAUCUUAUAGAGAACAAGACACGUCAACUUGAUCUUGACUAUCGUAAUCUAGAUUUUGGUAAAGAGCAAGAAACCAAUGAACCAAAAUGUGAAGCAAAUACUAAUACAAAUUCAAAUACAUCAAAUAAUUCAAAUAAUGUUGAACGGCAGCCAAAACGAGCACGUAGAACUAGAACUGAAGCUCUUGUUGAAUCAGCACAUGCUAUGGAUAUGAUCGCAUUGUCUGAAAGUCGAUCAACAACUUUGGCAAAUACGAGUAACGGAAAUCAAAAGAAAACAGCAGCUGCUGCAACGGGUAAAAAGAAAAAACGAAAGGCCCGUCAAGGUAAUCAACACAAUCAGCAUCGUGAAGAUACUCCACCACCACCAGAUGAUGAUAUAGCUAUCGAUCCUGAUGAACCGACUUAUUGUUUAUGUGAUCAAAUAUCUUACGGUGAAAUGAUUCUCUGUGAUAAUGAUUUAUGUCCAAUUGAGUGGUUUCACUUUUCCUGUGUCUCGUUAAGUACGAAACCUAAAGGCAAAUGGUUUUGUCCAAAGUGUCGAGGUGAUCGGCCAAAUGUUAUGAAACCUAAAGCACAAUUUCUCAAAGAAUUAGAACGGUACAACAAAGAAAAAGAGGAAAAAUCGUAGCAGAAUUUGAAUAAGAAAAAAAAAUAAAUUAAAAAAAAAAAAACAUAUAUAUAUAUAUAUAUAAUUAUUGAUACAACACUGAAUUAAUAAUUCCAGUGAAAUAAAAUAAUAGUGAGAAUAUUUUUAAUAUGUUCUAAAGCAUUCGAUUAAAUUUAAAUUGAGAUUCAGGCUUAAUUAUUAGUUUUUUGAAAUAUUUUAUUUGAAUCAAAGAAAAUUUAUUUGUAAUUUGAAUAAUUGUAAGAUAACAGUAUUAAAUAAUAUGGGUUUUAAAUAUUGUUUUGACGAAGAUAGUUUUAUUUUUUAUUAUAUAAGGAAAUAUGAGGAUUAUUUAAAAUUAAAAACAUUCUAGAUGUAAACAAGCAUUACAUGUAUUUGAACAAAUUUUUUUAAACUCACAACUAACAUUCUAAAAUAUUAAUAAUUAUUGUUUUCAACUAAAUAAAAAUUUUAUUGUCUAAAUAUAAUCAAACAAAAUUUAUAGUAAUAAUCAAAUUACUUACGUUAGGUUAUUAUUUAUUUUUAUUAUUAUUAUUAUUAUUAUUAUUAUUAUUAUUAUUAUUAUACCAAAUAUCUAUAUGAAAAUUGAAUAGUGUAUUACAUCAUUUUUAUUUUAUUAAGUAACUGAGAUUCUAUGUGGCGUCUGCAGAGAUAUCUCAUUUCUAUACUAAAUGAUUAAUUAAUACGUAGUAAUCACAUAAAUUUCAUGAGAGCAUGUAUUUAAAUAGAAUUUAACAAUUAACUCAUUACGUUUAUUUAUUAUUAUUAUUUUUUUUUUCUUUUUAAUGUUGCUUUAAUGAGUGGAAUGAGGAUAAAAAUUAUUUGUAUAUCAUUAUAGCCCUUUUAAAAUUUAAAUUAAAAAAUUUACUUUUAACUUCAGGGCGAAUUAUAUCAUCUUUAAUGUCAACGAGGAUCUUCUACGUGGCUAUCUUGGAAAUUUAGCCAGGAUUGUUCCACAACCGUAGCGACACGUUUUUCAUAUUCACGUUUAUUUUCUUGAUACAAUUGUGCUGCCAGAGAAUUCGCUGGUGAAUUUGGGUUCGGUUCGUCCAGUAGUGACUGAAAUAAUGUGAGUAUUAGAAAAAAUUAAUGAUAAAAAAAAAAAAAGAAAAAAAAAUUAGAUGAUUAACAUAUGUAAGAAUAAAAUUAAAAAUCAAUCUUAGAAU